GUGCUGUUCAGUCGCAAUAAUUUAAGGAGUGAGCAGAAAUUUUAAAAAGUUAAAUAAACAUAAAAUAAGAUAAAUUUAUAAAGUUAAUCCAAGGAAAGCAGAAAAGAAGAAAAGAGAUUGUAAGACUUCAAGUUCGAUAAGUCAUCACAUUGCAUAGUUCAAUUUCGAAAGGAAAUUUUUUACUCCACACAACACUAUUAGUCAGAAGAAAUAAAAGAAAUAAAAUUGUGAAGGAGAGAAAAAGUAAAGAGUUGAAAUUUCAGUUUUGGAAGAUAAAAAAAGUAAAUAAAUAAAAUUAAGCAACGAUAGUUGGAGAAAUAAUAAGAAAUAAAAUAAAAUAUCAUGGGAACAAUGAAAGUGAUAUUUGUGCUUUAUUGUGUAUUUUUAUCAGAAAUUAAAUCGCAAGGUCUUGCGCCGUAUCGACAAGUUCCAAUACAACGCAGACAGUUAUCGCAAGUACAACAAAAUCACAUAUUCACAGAUAUACAAAAGCAUCAACAUCGAUUCAAUGUUCAGCAACCACAAUUGAGAAAUCAAUUUAAUGGAUUUGUUCAGCAACAAUCACAAUCCUUUCCAUCACAGGCAAUUCCUAAUGCAAGAUUCUUUCCCUCACAACCGCAACCUUCUCAACAGCUUCCAAAUCAACAGCAGCCUCAGCUUUUUAGACAAGUAAAUUUAAUUAAUCCUUUUAGAUUCCAUAGUAAUUUCAUUCCUGAAUUUAUUAUUCAGCCAUCCAUUCAAGCACCAGUACAACCUCAAAAUACACAAUUCCAAAGAUCUGUACAAAAUCAAGUUGGUCAAGUAUCUUUCAAUCAACCACCACCUCAAUUUUUAGCCCAACAAUCUGGUCCAAUUUUCAAAGAUGCUAAUGGAUUCGGUCCAAUUUCAGCUCCAUUAGUUCAACAACCUCCAGUUCGUCCACAACAAAAUUUCUUCCCUAAUAAUAAUGUCCAAUUCCCACCUCAGCAACAAGCUCCACAGGCACCAGUUUUCACUAAUUUCCAACCUCAAGUCCAAAAUCCUUUCAUCCAACAAAGUCAAUCACUUCCAUUAGAGCAAAGAUCAAACGUUUUUUACGAUACACGUACAGAAGAACAAAAAAGAAAUGAAGAAUUAGCUCGUCAAAAGCUUAUUGAAAAGCAUGAAAAAUUCGCCCAAAAAUACUUCCAAAAUCAACAAGCACAAGUUCAACGCCUUCACGAAGAUUUUGUUCAAAAACAAAAGAGAUUACAAGAGCAAACACAGGAAAAACUUCGUGCACAACAAUCACCUUUAGUUCAAGCACCAAACUUUGCAAGACAGCAAGGUGUUAGGCCGACAGAUUUGACAGCAUUUGAAAAAUCCGUUCAUCAAUAUUAUCAACAAUAUCCAACAACUCAAGCUCCUACCACUACAAAAAUUCCAACAACAACAACUGAAAGUUCGCUAAAUGUCGUUCCACUUAAAAAAAAUAAAGUUAAACAGGAGAUUAAGAUAUUGAAUGCGGAAGAUAUUAAGCAAUUGUUACAGGGAGAUCGCCAAAGUACAUUAUUGAGUCAAUUGAAACAAGAUGCAUUGAAAGGCUCAAAAUCAACUAAAGCAAAAUCACCUCUUUCACGUGACGAGUUGUUAAAACAACUGAAACAAACGUUGGCUGAAGAGACACCCGAUUUAGGAGGAAAAGAUUUUACGGCACAAGACAUCGUUUUACCUAAUGGCGAAAAAGUUCAGGUAAUAAGAACCACUGACCCGGAAUUGAUUAAAAAAGCACAAGGUGGUCAACUUGUUGAACCAAUUGCAACUGGAACUACACAGGCACCAUUAUCGAUUGAAGACUUAGCAAAGAGUGGAUUUUUGCCAGCGGGCGGAACUGACUUUGAGGUCAUAAAACAAUCAGAAAGUGGAUUACAAAAGGUACAAAAAGUUCCAUCACAAAAGAAAGUAACAUUUGUGUAUCUUGAGGAGCAAGACGAUGGAAGCUAUAAAGUUCAAGGCGUAAAGUCUAAUAAUGAUAAAGAAGUCAAGACUGCAGGCUCAGAAGUCGAUACUAUACUUAAACGCAUUAAAAGCGGAGACAUUCAAUUACCACCAACAGCAAAGAAAGUUGUUACUCCAAUUGAAGUUCCUACACCAAAAACUACUGUUUCACAGCCAACGACAACGACUCAACAACAGCAAAUUUCAACACGUUUACCAGUAAUUUCAACUUCUGUCCCGAAAAAUCAUCGAGCCACUAAUGGCAACAUAAUCAGUACGGCAGCAAAAUCAUCACCAUCAACAAUUAAAUAUUCAGCAUCGACCACUGCUCCACAGACAGUUACACCUGUCAAAACACCAAGCACACGCGGUUCAUCAGCUUUCCAUUAUUCAUUCUCGGCGACAACACAAAAAGAAGAUAAUGGACGAUCACCAUACUCGACAUUACCGACAUUCGAAACGACAGAAAGAAACAACAUCUUCUCAGUAACACCACGUGUCCAAAGAUUAUCAACAACUGAGGCACCUGAUUAUGCUACAGCUAGUUCAAUUAAUUACAUUCGCAAUGCGGAAGCACAAAAAUUAGUACAAACUGUAAGUGCAUCAACAGUUUCACCUGCUUUUUCAACACCUGUCCGUUCAUCAAUCUCAUAUUCACCUACAUUUACCACCACCCCACCAACUACAGUUCAGGCUUCAACACAAAAAUCACCAGAUUUGGCUGAAAUCCUCAGAAAUAGUGGUUUAUAUGCAAUGGCUAAAUAUUUACGUCAAUCGGGAUUAGACAGCAUUUUAAACGAAACAGGUCCAUAUACAAUCUUCGCUCCAACUGAUAAGGCAUUCAAGAGCUUAUUGGUACAACUUGGAGGGCCUGAAAAGGCUGAAGAAAAAUUCAGAAAUAAUCCAAGAUUAUUAAGCGGUCUUUUGCUGCAUCACGUAAUUCCAGGCUCAUUCAAAAUUGAAGAAUUACAAGACGAAAUGACUGGAGUAUCCCUUGCCGGUACACAACUUAGAGUUAAUCAAUAUCAAAUGCAAGACGUCGAAUGGAAUGAUAUUAAAGUCACUACAAUCAAUGGUGCUACCAUUUCACCAGAAAAUAAUGACAUUGUGAUUCCACAAGGCAUUGCUCAUGCCAUAGAUCGAUGCAUGUUCCCAUUACCAGUCGGAGAUAUUUUACAGACACUUCAAUCUGACAGAGAACGAAGAUUCACAAAUUUCCUUAGAGCUGUUUUCGCAUCUAACAUGGCUGAUACAUUACAAAAUAAAGGUAUUAAAACGUACACAAUAUUCGCACCAACUGAUUUCGCAUUCAGUCACUUGACACAAGAGGAAUUAAACACAAUGAUUAGUGAUAAAGAUUCAGCACAACAGUUGGUCAAUCGUCAUAUUGUACCAGGUACUCUAUUUACAUCUGGCAUGCGUUUCUAUCAAGUUAAGGACACAUUGGCUGAAGAUAAAGCAAUUACAGUACAAAAGAAUGGAGGCAAAGUAAAAGUCAAUGACAGCACAAUUCUAACAUCAAACAUUCCAGCCACAAAUGGAGUUAUUCAUGCCAUUGAUACUCUUCUCUAAGCCAUUUUUUGUCUUUUAAUAAUUUAUUAAUGUACAUAUAGCAAAAGAUGCGAUUUCUUGUUUUGUUAUGUUAUUAUUAUUUUUUUCACGAAUAUUUUAUAAUUUUUAAAAAUAUUAAUUUAAAUUGAAAAUUCUCAUAAAAUGUAUGAAAAUUGAACAAAAAGUUUUCUCAAAUAGAAAUAAUAAAAAAC